AUGUUGUACGCCUUGCAGCCAAAACUAAAAUACUUUGCUUUUCUGGGGCUUGUACCUUGGUCUGAUAGUUGUCAGUUUCUACAAAUGGCAUACUCAAUCGUUUUAAUACUAUUUCAUGUGGGUAUUUUUGGAUAUGGCAUUUACAUCGAAGAAAGGGAAACCCUUUUUCUCUCAGUGCUGGUCAAUGUGACUGUUUUUGUAGCCAAGAUUGCGUGCGCCAUCAUAGUACUAGUACAGAUGAUAGUGCAUCAUAAUGACUACUACAGAUUUUGUUUCGAAAUGACGAGCAUAGAACUGCGACUUCAAAAUGAACUUAAAAUAUCUGGCAAGAGAUUUCGAUUUUCAAGCUUUAAUAAGAUCGUGGGACUUGCAUUGGUCUCUACGUUGUCCUUUGUUCCAUCCAUAUGUGUGUCACUUCUACUAAACCUCGAGUACUUCUGGUCCUCACUCACGUCUAUGAUAAUCACAAGAGGACAGUUUGUACUUUUGAUGCUUUACGUUGAUUUGAUGAGUGAGAUCGUGUGUAUCGUGGAAAAUCGCUUGCAGACCAUUCUCAACUGUCACAUGAUAAGUGGAAAUUGCAUCCUGGAUGGAAACUGCAAGGUACUCUGUUCUCUAGAGUACCUUUUGUCCCUCAAGCAGAGCUACAUGGAAUUGCAUAGCCUAUUCAUCUAUUUUAGCCAUCUUUUUGGCUGGUCUAUUCUCAGCAUUUAUGUGGUCAUGUUCUUGGACAGUACUGUGGAUAUAUACUGGACCCAACAAGUUCUAGCCGGGCUUUACGAUAACACAUUUCUCUAUUCUACAUGCACCGGUUUCUUUCCCGCAAUUGUUUUCAUUUUGACUUUUUGUCGAUGUGGUGAACAGUGCAGAAAACAGAACCUGCUAAUUGGUUGCCACGUCCGGGGCCUCACCUGCAACAUCCAGACCUUGGGAGAACCUGCCUACAUCGAUGUGCUCUCGGAAUUUGUGAUGCAAGUGGAGCAUAAUGCAUUGGAAAUCAAUGUUGAGGGAUUCAUGAUCAUAGAUAACUCUCUUCUGAUGUCGAUAUUAGCAGCUAUGGUCACCUAUCUGAUAGUUUUAAUGCAAUUUAGUUCUUUAUAGAAUGGCUUUUAUUCUUAGAACUUGAUUAUGUAAUUAGGGAAUAUAAUUCCAAAUUAAAUACCCAAAUGUUUGGCCCACUUAAUUUUUUAUU